GUCUUGAAAUGUAAUGAAAUGAAAUGAAAUCAAAUAAUCUUUUGGCACUUGCUUUACCAAUACUUCUUCGCUGUGUGUGGUGAGACUUGAGAGCGCGUGUUCUUGCUUCCCCAGCUUCUCUUCACAAACCGACUUAUUUCCACCUCCACAAAAUUACAAAUUAAUCGCGUUCUUUGUUGGUUUUAUGUGUUGAUUGCUAAAAAUGGAGCAUACGUGAUUGCGAAGGUUAAAACUAAGUUAUGGAAGAAGAAUUGAUUGAUGAGGGAAUUCAAUUAGAGUCUGCUGACGAUUCGCAGCGCCAGAGUAAAGAGGAUGAUGUGUAUUCACCGAAUACCGAAAGCCGAAAAAUCGUGAAAUCUCAACAAGUAUUUUUACCUGUUAAUCAGGAGUAUGAUGGUAUUCUACAUGGUAAAAAUGUAGUUGAGGAGGCUGUUAGUGAAGCGGCUACGUCACAACAUCCUUAUGCAACGGUUGAAGAACUGACGGUGAAAAGUUACAAUGGUUCGAGUUUUGAUAUUGGUACAUCGAAUAGCCAAGUGCAGAUGUAUAGUCAACAGAAACAUUGGCAGAAUCUUUAUCAGAUAGGAAAUAAUUCUGGAAAUGGAAAUUCAGUUAGUGAUACUGGGUUGAUAAAUAGUGGCCAGGCUACAUCUAGUGCUUGGGAGAAUGUUGGAACUGCAUCAUUUCCCGAGUUGUUAGCUAGAAAAUCACACAGUGAUGGUCAGAGCAAUGUCAUUGAACACUUGGCAGCUGCUGAAAGUAAAGAGGGUGCAGGUGAUGUUCAUCGAGGAACACGCACAAAAAUGAUAUCCAAAUCUGGGUUUGCUGAGUAUUUUAUUAAAAAUACAUUGAAGAGUAAGGGUGUUGUACAUAAAGGUCCAGCUUUGGAUCGCUUCACUGUUCAGUCUAGAGAGCAAAAUCAGGCAAAAGCUGGCAGUGAUGCAGAUCAGAAUUGGAUUAAGACUGGCAGUGUUGCAGAUCGGAAUAAGAUGAAGGCCAGCAUUGGUACAGAUCAGAAACAGAUGAAGGCUGGCAUUGGUUCUCAGUCAAACUCUAACAUAUCAGUGAAACCUAGUUCCAAAUCUGCAAAGUUUCCCUUUAAUAGUGAUGCUGCUGUGCCUAGAUCAAGCAGGACUGAAUGUGACGGCGUAACAUUGAGAGAUUGGUUAAAAUCUGGCAAGCGCAAAGCAAGCAAAGUGGAAAGUUUAAAUAUAUUUAGGAUGAUUGUGGAUUUGGUGGAUGAUUCUCACUCUCGGGGAAUUGCAUUGCAUAGCCUUUCUCCAUCUUACAUUAAAUUGUUACCAUCAAAUCAGGUCACGUACACUGGGUUACCUACUCAAAAACAGAUGGCAGGUAGUGUUGUAAAUCCUGAAGUUCUUAACUUAGAUAAUUCUUUUAUUAGAAAAAGGUUGUCUGAGCAAGUAAGGUCGCCCUCUAUUGACAUAGGGUCCAAGAAACAAAAAUUUGAUGAGAAUGUGAGGACCGGGAGUGACUUGUGUCUUGAGACUGCUAGUAAUCAUGAAGUUCAAAUUCCUACAAUUGGAUCACAAGAUUAUAGAAACGAAUAUGAGGAAGAUAACCAAUUUUCUAUGUAUAAUUUUGGGAGAAUGUCUAGCAUCCCUCGUGUAUCUAAUACAGGUCAAUUGUCAUCUACUUCUUUAUGUCAAAGAUUGGAAAAUAAGUGGUAUGCAAGUCCUGAGGGAGGUUGCACAACAUCAUCAAAUAUCUACUGUCUUGGUGUCUUCCUUUUUGAGUUGCUAGGUCAUUUUGACUCUGAAAGAGCGCAUAUUGCAGCAAUGUCUGAUCUUCAUCAUAGGAUUCUUCCUCCAGCUUUCCUUUCAGAAAAUCCUAAGGAAGCUGGCUUUUGUCUUUGGCUGCUGCAUCCUGAACCAUCAUCACGUCCAACAACAGGGGAAAUCCUACAAUCUGAAGUGAUCAAUGGAUUACAGGAGUUGUGUAGUGAAGAAUUGUCAUCAUGUAUAGACCAGGAAGAUGCAGAAUCAGAAUUGUUAUUGCAUUUCCUCUUCUCGUUAAAAGAGCAGAAGCAGAGCGAUGCCUCCAAAUUGGUUGAACAAUUAGAGUGCUUGGAAUCAGAUAUAGAAGAAGCAGAGAGGAGGCAUGGCUUAAGAAAACCCUUGGUUUCCUCUGGCUUUCAGAACGGUUACUCUUCUCAGAAAGAGAUUAUGCCUCUUACAAAGGAACUUUUGAGUGCAGAAAUGCUACCCACGGUAUCCCCAAUCUCUAAUACAAAUGAACUGAGAUUGAUGAGAAAUAUAGGCCAUCUCGAAAGUGCUUACUUUUCCAUGAGAUCCAAAGUUCACCUUUCCGAAACAGAUGCUACAGAUCACCCAGAUAAAAAUAUACUAAGAACUCGUGAGAACUGGUAUGUGACCCAAAAAGGCGAGGAGCAACAUAAAAGUAAAGAUGCUUUAGGAACCUUCUUUGAUGGUUUGUGCAAGUAUGCACGUUACAGCAAACUUGAAGUGCGGGGUAUACUAAGAAAUGCAGAUUUUAACAAUCCCGCAAAUGUGAUAUGCUCUCUGAGCUUUGAUCGGGAUAAAGAUUACUUUGCUUCUGCAGGGAUAUCUAAGAAAAUAAAAAUCUUUGACUUCAAUACACUUUGCAAUGACUCUGUUGAUAUCCAUUAUCCUGCUGUUGAGAUGUCAAACAGAUCAAAGCUCAGCUGUGUUUGCUGGAAUAACUAUGUUAAGAACUAUCUUGCCUCUACAGACUAUGACGGUGUAGUGAAGUUAUGGGAUGCCAGCACAGGUCAAGAAUUUUCUCAAUAUAGUGAACAUGAAAAGAGGGCUUGGUCUGUUGACUUCUCUCCGGUAUGCCCUACCAAAUUUGCCAGUGGAAGUGAUGAUUGUACUGUCAAGCUGUGGAGCAUCAGUGAGAAAAACAGUUUAGGCACAAUCAGGAAUGUUGCUAAUGUCUGCUGUGUCCAAUUUUCGGCUCAUUCCUCUCAUUUGCUGGCCUUUGGAUCUGCGAAUUACUCAACUUAUUGUUAUGAUCUUCGCAAUCUUAGAAGUCCCUGGUGUGUAUUGGUUGGCCAUCGUAAAGCUGUAAGCUAUGUCAAAUUCUUAGACUCUGAAACACUUGUUUCUGCAUCUACUGAUAAUUCAUUAAAGAUCUGGGAUCUCAAUAAAACCUCUUCGGUUGGUGCAUCUACUAGUGCUCGCAGCCUAACCCUGUCUGGACAUACUAAUGAAAAGAAUUUUGUGGGUUUGUCUGUUGAUGAUGGAUAUAUUGCGUGUGGUUCAGAAUCAAAUGAGGUUUACACCUACUAUAAAUCACUUCCCAUGCCAAUUACGUCACACAAGUUUGGAUCUAUUGAUCCCAUCUCUGGUAAAGAGACUGAAGAUGACCAUGGUCAAUUUGUUUCAAGUGUGUGCUGGAGAGGGAAAUCAGACAUGCUUCUUGCAGCCAAUUCAAGUGGAUGUAUAAAAGUGUUACAGAUGGUUUAAGGAAAGUUUUCCCUUGAUGAUAGCUCUCCGAUAUUUUUGCCCUGGCCACUCGGGCCAAUACCAUCAACUUGUUGUGGAUUGUAAGAAACACUUUUGACAUCUUGAGCUCUGGUUUAAAAUGUGAUGCAGAAGGGGCUUCAAUUUCUGCAAUAAUUGGAUGCAGAAAUAGAGUUGUAAUCUAAAUCCAGAUAUUGAAAUUAUGAUUCAUUGCCAAUGAGCAUAAGCAAGCUCUGUCUUUAAAUCAGAAUUUCAUAUUGUUAUUAUGUCAUAUCUAACAAAGCCUUGUUAUACACUAUUUUUCCUGGGAUCAAAUAUGGAAAAGAUUGAGAGACAUCAAAAUUGGAACGGCAUAUGCUAAGUUGCUUCUAAGCUCAAGUUUUUCUGCAAAGUGUUUCUCUGAGCCUAUGUAAAUUGUAUCGCGGUCCUUUUAAAUUGUAAUUGCAGUUUUGUAGGAAGAAAUGUUUGUUUAUCAAAUUAUAUAAAACAGCUUCACCACCAUAAAAGGGAAGCAUGUAGUUUCUGUUGUAACACUCCCUCUUGUUCUUUCUCUCUUGGGGUGCACUUGCUCUCAAUGGUUGUAUAUAUAACUGUAACAUACCUUGAUCAUAUUGAUUUUAGGUUGCUAUUUGAAUGCAUGUAAAUUGAGCAUGGUUUUUCUCUUCUUUAGAGGAAACUAUGUAUUGUUUUGAUUUAAUUCAUUAUUAGUUCAUGUG